AUGGCCGACACAGCCACCGCUAGCGCAACGGCCAGCAGUAGUAUCACCAACAGUCUCUCCUCCACCAUCCCCGAUUCGGAAUGGAAGCACCCCGUCUACGGCCCAACUGAGAAAUAUACUCCUGGCAUCGCCCCCAUCAAACCUGAAUACCUCCUACCCAAACCACCCUCCGCCGCUCUGCAGACAAAAGCUAUUGACGAUGAUGCAGCGGAGAGAUGCACGAAUCCAGCCUCCAACUCGUCUUCUUCCAACACCAACAUUGGCGCUGAGAGUGGGGGAGAAGCGGGGAAGAAGUUAAAAGGAGCAGCACGCAAACGAGCACGAAGAGAAGAAGCUGCCGCACUAGCCGCCUCCCAACCUUCUGGAAAGAAGAGCAAGGCAGGGGAGAAAGGUGGACAGAAUAAAGCUCGUCAAUUCGCCUCCUUCAAGGAUGGUAAGCGCUACUGUCAUGGGUUUCUUUCGAGAGGCGAGGAGGGAUGUAAGUUCGCCAGGGAGGGCGGGGAGAAAGGGUGUAGGUUUAGCCAUGAUUUGGUAGGGUAUCUCCAAGCGAAAGAUAAGGAUGUCUUUCUUCCGCCUGUACCACAUGCAGAAUUGGAAAAGUUAUCAGAGGAGCAGAAACAGCAGUGGUUGAGAGAACAAUACUCUUUAAGCCUCCUCCCAUCGUCGGCGGGCGAUGGAGUUCAAACCUUCGUCCGACCCAACACAUCCCCCUCAACAGAGAAGGCGGAAGAAGUGGCAAAGGCUCAAGUGGAUCCAGCACAUCAGAGCCUGGACCUAACCACAUCGUGUCCCAUUUUUGCGGUCAAGGGAUUUUGUACUAUGGGUUGGAAGUGUCGUUUCCUUGGCUCCCAUGUUAGAAUUGUAGGAGCUUCGAGUUUGAUUGAUAAGGAUGGGGGCAGUGGGUUUGCAGCAAGUGGAUUGGAAUUGGUCAGGGAUGAACAGAGGCUUAAAGCUUGGAGAGAGCGACCGCGUGCGUUUACCCUUGCAAACAAGCAUGCGGAGCAUGAUGCGGAUCAAGAGGAGUUAAAUUUUGGCACAGGCGCAGGGAUGAAGUCUAUGCGUGUUCGCAAAUACCCUUUGCCCAAGACGAAGGCUGUGUUGAGGUAUUUGGAGCAGGAAAGUAAGCAGUUGGCCAAGGUGGAUCCUCAGGGAUCGACUGCUGGGAAAGCGCCGGUUCCGAUCGAGAUUGUGGAAGAGGCUGUUGCUGCCCAUAACAACCGCCCUUUUCCCGCUGCUCCUCCUGCUGCUGGUGAUGUUGGUGGUGGGAUGGGAGAGGGGGAUAUUGAAGAACUGGAGAACGCCAUCUGCAACUCCACUUGCUCUGCUGUUGCUACUCGCGUAGCUGAAGCAGCCAACGCUUCGACCGGGAUUGAUAUCGCGCGCAUCCGCCCAUCAGAAAAACGUCGUCUAAACUGGAAAGGGGAACUUUAUCUCGCUCCCUUAACCACCACUGGAAACCUUCCUUUCCGCCGGAUCUGCGCCUCGUUUGGCUCCGACAUUCACUGUGGAGAAAUGGGUCUCGCCGAAUCUUUCCUCCACGGAAACGCUUCCGAGUGGUCUCUCGUUCGCCGCCACGCCUCGGAACGAAUCUUUGGUACUCAAUUAUGCGGUGGCAAACCCGAUCUACUCGUCCCCGUAGCCGAAGCGUUGAAGGCCGAGAUCGGAGAUGGGUUGGAUUUUGUCGAUAUCAAUUGCGGAUGCCCCAUCGACUUGGUUUACAACAAAGGGGCCGGUUCUGCUCUCCUGGAUCAUCCAAGCAAGCUUUCUAAGAUCGUCAGAGGAAUGAAUGCAGUCCUCGGGGAUACACCUCUCACGAUCAAGUUAAGGACGGGAACAGGAGCAAAGCAGACAACCCACAAGAUCUUCGCCAAGGUUCAAACCGAAUGGGGUGCCUCUGCUGCCACUUUACACGGUAGGAGUAGGAAACAGAGAUACAAGAACGAUGCCGAUUGGGGCUACAUUGCCACUUGCGCCCGCACUCUGCGAUCUUCCGUCCAACAAUGGAACGAAGAAAGUCGGUAUGCCGACGAACCAGAAAUGGUGCCCAUUCCCAUCUAUGGAAAUGGAGACGUGUACAGCUGGCAAGACUACUACGAACGCCUAUCCCGGACCGCAGUAGACGGCGAAAUGAUUGCGAGAGGCGCACUGAUCAAGCCUUGGCUGUUGACGGAAAUCAAGGAAAGGAGGGAUUGGGAUAUUAGUUCCAGAGAGAGAUUGGAUGUGUUCAGGCAGUUUGCCGAGUAUGGUCUGAGUCAUUGGGGAAGUGAUACACAUGGAGUGAACACAACUAGGAGGUUUAUGUGUGAGAUGAUGAGUUUCACCCAUCGCUACGUUCCCACUGGCUUGUUGGAGUUUCUGCCCGCGAGGAUGAAUGACAGACCGCCGCUUUUCAAGGGGAGGGAUGAGCUGGAGACCUUGUUAGCUAGUGCCAGAGGAAAGGAUUGGGUCAAGUUGAGUGAGAUGUUCCUGGGCAAGGCGACGGAAGGUUGGAGUUUCACUCCGAAACACAAAAGUAAUGCCUAUGGGGAUGCGGAGGGGGCCGAGCAGCAGGGAUAG